CCAAGCAGGCAGAGCUGAGCACUAGUGUGCGGCUCGCAGGAGUUACACCUUUGCUCCUCCUACGCCAUCCCAGUGUUCUGUGAAGGGCGCCCGUGGCCGUUGGUGAAGCAAGCAGAGGUAGAUAUUCCCGGUGCGGACGCACUUCCUUUUCCACGCAGGAAGGGAGGGGGAGGACCGAGCGGUGGCCCAAAGGCCGCGCAUGCGCUUUUCGCAGACGGACCCUGAAGAGGAAUCCAGUGCUACAUUCACCGCCCCGCCGGAAGUGCGCCUGCGCGGUCUCUGGUUCCUCCACUUGUGCUUCCCCUCCCCCUAGUCGCCCCGCGGGGGCUCCGGGCCAGGCGGAACCAUGUUCUGCAGCACCGGCUCCAGUGGGCUUUACAAGGCACCUCUGUCUAAGAGCCUUUUACUGGUCCCCAGUUCCCUGUCUCUCUUGCUGGCCCUUCUGCCGCACUGUCAGAGGUUCUUUCUGUAUGACCUCCAAGCAGUCAAGGAUGACUUCCAGAUUUGGAGGCUGAUAUGUGGAAGAAUAAUUUGCCUUGAUUUGAAAGAUACUUUCUGCAGUAGUCUGCUUAUUUAUAAUUUUAGGAUAUUUGAAAGAAGAUAUGGAAGCAGAAAAUUCGCAUCCUUUUUGCUGGGUUCCUGGGUUUUGUCAGCCUUGCUCGACUUCAUCCUUGUUGAAACUGCAUGGUAUUGCUUUGGUAUCUCUGCAUCCCGGAAUUUGCCUUCUGGAUUCCUGGCACCUGUGUUUGCUCUGUUUGUACCAUUUUACUGCUCCAUACCGAGAGUCCAAGUGGCACAUAUUCUGGGCCCGUUGUCCAUCUCAAACAAGACAUUGAUUUAUAUAUUGGGACUACAGCUUUUCACCUCUGGUUCCUACAUCUGGAUUGUAGCCAUAAGUGGACUUAUUUCCGGUAUCUGCUACAACAGCAAAAUAUUACAAGUUCACCAGGUGCUGUACAUCCCUAGCUGGAUGGCAAGGUUCUUUUCGUGGACGCUUGAGCCUAUCUUCUCAUCUUCAGAACCCACCACCGAAGCCAGAAUUGGGAUGGGGGCCACAGUGGACAUCCAGAGACAGCAGAGAAUGGAAGUGCUUGAUCGGCAGCUGAUGCUGUCUCAGUUUACACAGGCAAGGCGACAAAGGCAGCAGCAGGGAGGAAUGAUCAAUUGGAAUCGUCUUUUCCCUCCUUUGAGGCAGCGACAAAAUGUAAACUAUCGGGAUGGUCAGCAGUCUGAACAACAAGCAUCCCCUCCUCUAGAGGUUUCUGAGGAACAGGUUGCCCGGCUCAUGGAGAUGGGAUUUUCCAGAGGUGAUGCUUUGGAAGCCCUGAGAGCUUCAAAUAAUGACCUUAAUGUGGCUACCAACUUCCUGCUGCAGCACUGACAGUCCCUGGGGACAACACUGGGAUCUGCCAAGCCGCUGACUCAGGCACGUCCUGUCCCUGCCACUGCAUCGGGCCAAGAACCCUGCACUCUCUGGCUGACGUUCUCAAUGUUCUUUUGGGAAAAUAGUGGAUCCCACUGUUCCCUCCUUUAAUUCCAAGAUUGUUACUGUUAGAGCAUCGAAAAUAAGGUUCGAGACUCUAAAAUGUUUGCCAUUAAAUUAGCAUGUGUUUUCUACCUUUUUUAAUUGGCUGUUUUCCUUAGUUUGGAGAAUCAUCACUCAUUCCUAAUGUGUUUAAAAUACAUUAAAGUUGCAGCUAUCCGCAAACAGUGGAAUAGCACUCCAGAUGGGAAAUUAGUUCUAUCAUAAUAUUUUUUAUUAUAAUGCAUCAUUCUACAUUAUAGCUGAUCAUAAAUGCUAAAGGAGAAAAGGGAAUGUUAUUUGGGAAGGACAUGUCAGAUUAUGCCUUAUGGAUUGCUUUCAUUGCUAUUUUUUUUCCUCAAAUUUGCUUUCAAACCCCAGUGGCUGUUCACUGGCCAUACUUCCUGGGUGUGAGCAGGACACGUCUGCUGCCCACCUGUUAGCCAGGCCUGGGUGAUGCAGGAGAAAUGAAAACUAAAUCCUACACAAUACUGUUCCAGCCUAUCUUCCCAGGGAAUUUUUCCCAACUCCUUUUCCCCGCUUCCAUUAAAAAAUAACAUGAUCAUUUACCGACUUUAGGUUCUGGAAUACUCCAUAAAACAUACCUGGAGUUAACUUACUUAGAGUAUCCACAGUUAUCCACUCAGGUUAGGGGUGAAUAUGGGACAAAGAGAAAACAGACAGUGGGUAGCCUGGUGCAAUCCUGGGCAGGUACUCAUGGCCCCAGGGCUUUGACCGGGAUCUCGGCAUAAGGCAGAGCACACUGCAGAGGAUGCCAUCACAGACAGAGAGGGGAAGGCUGGGUGGACUGGCCUGAAAAGAUCUAAAGCGGGUGACUCUUAAGGUGUAAGGAAAUUGUAGGAUUGUGUUCUGCAAAAUGAGCAGAAAUGUAUCAAGUUGAUGUAAAUUUGAACAUGUAUGAUACUUACAAUAAAGUUUUUAAUGUGUA